AUGGUCUGUCAUUCGUUUUUUCAGCUCUUGGUCUUGGUCGCAAUCCUAUCUUUCCGUGUUCGAUGCAGCCCCGUUGGACUGCAGAAACGUGGUGUCUGCGCCACCGAGGAUCCCGAUGCCUCCUUCCUUCAUGAAGUUUUGCACCUGAGAUCAGGCGAGACUGGUCAGGGUUCUGAAGCCAGAAAACCCCCCAUUGAAAUUGAAACGUGGUUUCACCUCGUCAGUGGCGAGUCCGAGGCCGAUCAGGUUUCCGAUGAAAUGGUCGACGCUCAGGAUACCUCCAUAUCCUAUCGAUUACAAGGUGUUACCCGACACGUGAACGACACCUGGGCCCGCAACGGAGAUGACCUAGCUAUGAAGAGGGCACUCCGCAAAGGCAGCUACCAAACUUUGAAUGUGUAUUUUCAGACGAAUCUCCAGGCUGCCCCAGGGCAAGCUGGACGCAUCGGAAACAGGGGAGCCAGUGUGUCAAACGACCUAUCGUCCAGUGUGUUGGGAUUCUGUACUCUGCCUGACCCAAGUGUCAAUGCCAGCAGUUCCCGUGCCGACUAUAUCAAGGAUGGCUGCAAUGUGUUGGCAAAUACAAUGCCUGGUGGCUCGCUGGAUCUCUACAACCGUGGCGGUACCGCCAUCCACGAGAUUGGUCACUGGAACGGUCUACUGCAUACCUUCCAGGGGGAGUCCUGCUCCCCGGACAACCCGGGCGAUUAUAUUGAUGACACGCCGCUGCAAUCCACCCCGACGGACGGGUGCCCUGCCCAAAAAGAUUCAUGCCCAGAUUCACCUGGGAAGGACGCCAUUCAUGACUUCAUGGACUAUUCCUCCGACGUGUGCUACGAAAGCUUCACUGCCGGCCAAGGCCAGCGCAUGCGGAAUAUGUGGGCGUCUAUGCGGGAAGGGAAGUGA